AUGCCUCUUCCGUCCUCGGCGAUGGCGGAGGAGCACAGCGGCGGCCAGCAUGAGCAGCAAGUGUCGGCCGAGAGGCGAGCACGGCAGAAGCUGCUGUUUGCCGUCCCGAUCAUCCCGAUCGUCAUGUUCAUCGUCGCGCCGUGCGCGCUCUUCUUGUUCACGGCCGACCUGGCGCUCCCACGCAUCCGCAUCGAGUACGCCCCGCGCGACGGCGACCGUGACGCUCCGGCCAGUGCGCUAGCGACGGCGGUGGCGGUUGUUCCCAGCGAGGAGCAACAGCAGCUCCCGCCGCUGCGCCAGCUGACCGACCGGCCGUACUCGCUCGGCCCGAACUCGUCGCCGCGCCGGUGCAAGGACCCGGAGGGCGACCACGUGCUCCUCCGGGCGUUCAAGAACAAGGCGGACUACUGCCGCGUCCACGGCUUCGACAUCUUCUACAGCAACGCGGUGCUGGACGCCGAGAUGAACGGGUUCUGGACGAAGCUGCCGCUGCUGCGCGCGCUGAUGGUGGCGCACCCCGAGGUGGAGCUCCUCUGGUGGGUGGACUCGGACGUGGUGUUCACGGACAUGCUGUUCGAGCCGCCGUGGGGCAAGUACGCGCGGCACAACCUGCUACUCCACGGCUGGGACGACGCGGUGUACGGCGCCAAGAACUGGCUGGGCACCAACGCUGGCAGCUUCGUGAUCCGCAACUGUCAGUGGUCGCUGGACCUCCUGGACGCGUGGGCGCGCAUGGGGCCGCGCGGCCCGGUGCGCGACAGGUACGGGAAGGUCUUCGCAGCGGCGCUGUCCAACCGGGCGGCCUACGAGGCCGACGACCAGUCGGCGCUGGUGUACCUGCUGGUGACGGAGCGCGGCAGGUGGGGCGGCAAGGUGUUCCUGGAGAGCUCCUACCUCCUGCACGGGUUCUGGGAGGGGAUCGUGGACCGGUACGAGGAGAUGCGGAGCAAGGGCCGGCCGGGGCUCGGCGACGACCGCUGGCCGCUCGUGACGCACUUCGUCGGGUGCAAGCCGUGCGGGGAGCAGAGCGCGAGCUACGGGGCCGUGCGGUGCCGCCAGGGCAUGGAGCGCGCGCUCAACUUCGCCGACGACCAGAUACUCGGCCUCUACGGGUUCCAGCACGAGUCGCUCAACACCACGGCCGUGCGGCGCGUCAGGAACGACACCGGGCGGCCGCUGGACGCCGACGACGAGCAGAUCGGCCGCCUCCUGCACCCAGAGUUCAGGGCCGCCAAACCCUAG